AUGGAUCGGGUAUUCAGAUUGUUCAGGCAGCUCGAUAUAACCCAGGACAACGGGCUUCUCAUCCCUUAUUAUCUGCAAGGUUUAAAUUGUCCUCAGAGGUACAAUGGUAUCAGCUACAUUCCUCGAGAAGGAGGACCUAGAGAUCCGUUCCACUUCGGUGUUUCGAACAAUGGCCUGGUUCCUGACGCGACUGUCAACGAGGGAGCGGAAGCUAUCCUCGACGACGCAUUCGGUUAUUACAAGGACAGGCUGAAACGGAAUUUUGAAAAGGGUUUCCAGACGCUCAUGAGAGUUGAUCAAUUCUCUACAAGGGAUUACAUCCGUCAGGUCAUGUAUGCGGCCUUCCACCUCAGGUUCACGGCACCUAUUUACACCUACGCCACCGGCCACUACGAUCAAGCGUUCACCGAAAGCGUUCUCGAAAACCUAUCCUUCGACUUCUCUGACGAACGCCCUAUCAACUGGUACUGCAUCAAAGGCGGUGCAUCCAUCAUAACCGACAAAAUGGUGAAUCAAAUCCGCUACAAACCAUACCUCAACACCCGCGUAACCAGCAUCGAACACGAUCCUCACUCGAAAUCCACGCCCAUGAAGGUCAAGGUAUUAGCGAACGGCACCCCCGAAACAAAAACCUACGACGCAGUCUUCACCACCACAAGUCUCCCCUGUAUGCAGCGCAUGGAGCUUAGCAGCGCAGGGCUGAGUCGAGCCCAGGUCGACGCAAUCCGCACUUUGCACUAUGACGCUUCUGUCAAGGUUGCCAUCGAGUUCGAAACGCCGUGGUGGAUCACUAUGUGCAAUAUCACCCGUGGUGGAUACGCAGCCACCGACCUUCCUCUUCGGAUCUGCAUCUACCCGUCCUAUGUGACGGAGAACAUAAGACCUGCUACUCUGCUUUGCUCGUAUACUUGGGCCAGGGACGCACAGCUUAUGGGCUCGCUCAUGACAGAUUCCAGCCAACUUAACGAAGUGCUGGUUCAUGACUUAGCCCUGUUGCACUAUGAAUCUGCCCAUCUUUCGCACCAGGACAUGAGGAACGAGAUAGAGAGGCAAUUCAAAGCCAUUCAUGCGUAUGACUGGUCUCAAGAUCCGAAUACGUCUGGAGCUUUUGCUCUGUUCGGACCCGGCCAGUUCGCUAAUUAUUAUCCCGAGUUGGUCAGGCCGGCUGCGGACGGGCGACUGUUUUUGGCUGGUGAGGCGUGUAGUGCGCAUCACGGAUGGAUUGCAGGAUCGCUGGAUAGCGCGUACAGGGUUCUGAGCCAGUUCCUUCGGGCGGUGAAAUGGGAUCGGUGGGUGAAUACGGAGACGCUGUUGCAGAGGCUGGAGGAUAGUUGGGGUGUGUUGCGAGAAAUCCAGCCAGGUGCGUUGGAGUGGCAGGCAAUUCUGGCCAAAGCGAAACAGGACAGAGAUAGAUGA